AUGAAGUCCGCCUUUGGGAAACGGAAGGGUAGAGUCAUUCAAGUGGACGACGAAGAGGAAAGUGGCGCAACGGAUGCUCGAGAUUCGAAGGAAAACAACUGUGAGUCUACUGAAGCUGCAGCUUUGAACCCAGCUGAUUCUGAAAAGCCGACUGACAGAGUAUUUGUAGCCCCCGUUACAACCGGUAUCUCUACCAAUUCAAGUCGAAAGGGUUUCAAGAAAUCUUCCUUGCGACAAAGCACUGUACUAGAUGACCUAGCGCAAGAUGAUAACGAUUCCGGCACAAGUGGUGAAGGGAGAGGGUAUAAUGGCUCGCAGAACGCAAACAAACCUACCAUAGGGCGAUCAAGUUCGUUGAUGAAGAAGAAGAAGGCACCGUCAUCAAGACUUUCUUUUGGGCCGGGCGAGAUCAUAUCUGGAGAUGCCGCAGAAGCAUUGGAGGAUGACGAGGCAUUUAUGCCAAAGAAAGCUGUCCUAGGACGCAGAGUUAUUGAAGGGAAUGCGAUGCGGAAACAACUUCCAUAUCAAGGUCUACCUAUUCGAAGUGGCGACGACGAUGAGGAACGUCCUACCUAUAGUAAGGAUUAUCUAAAUGAGUUGAAAAGCUCUACGCCUGCUACGCCCAAGGACUUACAGGCUUUACAUGCUACCGCCGAGGAUGAAGAGGGCCUGGAUGCGUCUGAGCUUGAGGGUGCUAUGAUCGUGGAUACGGAUGACAAAUUCGGAUCAAGUGCGACGGUCUCAUCACACAUACCAACUGAAGCAGAAAUCAGAGAGAAGAAGGAGCGAAGGGCACGUCGAGUUCAAGAGAAAGAUUUCAUCUCUUUUAACGAUGCGGAUAACGAUUCCCGAGGAGAGCUAUCCCUCUUGCCUCGAAAGAAGCCGGCAGAGGGUAGAUUGGUACGAGAGGAUGAGGAUUUAGGCGAAGGAUUCGACGAGUUUGUAGAAGAUGGGCGCAUCGCUCUAGGCAGGAAACAAGAGCGCGAAGCAAAGCGCCGCCACCGCAAAGAGAUAGCAGCUAUGAUCCAGAACGCGGAAGGCAGCUCCGCGGAUGACACAGAUGAUUCUGAAGCGGAGCGGCUCGCAGCAUACGAAGCUGCGCAGACUCGUGCUGGCAUGGACGGCCUUCACAAGCCUAGUGAUGAUGUAGAGGCUACCUCUGCGCAAGUCCCGCAUAAAAUCACACCUUUGCCAGCUUUGUCGGAAUGUUUAGAGAGAUUGCAAGCUACUCUAAGCUCGAUGCAAGAGGAGCUCGUACAGAAACACAAGAAAGCCGCAGAUUUAAAGCUAGAAAAGACUCAAAUUUUAGCAAGGGAGACCGAGGUCCAAGAGUUACUAAAGCAGGCUGGGUCGCGGUUUGCUGCGCUGAAAAGCGAUUCUAAUGAGGUUGCGACGGACCUUACCUCGGUGGCGGAAACUUCUAAGCAUGGAUUGACGGGGAGUAUGAUUGUUGAUAGAGGGCUUGAGAGUUUUGGGAAUACGCCGACGGUGAGACCGGGUGUUGAAGAUGUGGGAUAG